AUGGAGAAUAACCAAACAUUUCUGUACUUUGCAUAUGGUAGUAACCUACUGAAAGAGCGUCUGCAGCUCAGGAAUCCUUCUGCAACAGUGCACUGUGUGGCAAGGCUCAAGGACUAUAGAUUGGUUUUUGGUAACUACAAAGGCCUGGCCAGUGAUCGCUGGCAUGGGGGUGUGGCCAGCAUAGAGCACAGCCCAGGGGAUGAAGUGUGGGGUGUAGUGUGGAGGAUGAACAUAUCUGAUCUACAGUCACUAGACAAUCAAGAGAAUGUGAUGUUAGGUGCCUACAGACCAGUGGAGCUACAAGUGAUGACAAAAGGUCAGGAAAUCAACUGUCGCACCUAUAUAAUGAACAGCUGUGUGUAUGCCCAGCCAUCCCCUCAAUAUCUUCAGGUGAUUGUAAUGGGAGCAGAGCAAAAUGGCUUGCCAAAGGAGUACCAGGAGAAACUUAGAGCUAUUGAGACCAACACCUAUGAAGGCAUCUUACCCAUGAUGGCUGAGCUGGAUCAAGCCAGAAAAAGAAUCAAAGACAAAGCAAACCACUGA